AUGUCGUUAUCCAGUGGACUAAACAACGGGUUGCGGAAAUGCAAGAUUAUGGUCAGAGUAAUCAUUGCUCUGGUGAUAUUCGUUCAGGCAAGUCUCUGUAUUACCUCUAUGCAAGUUAUAGUUCGAGUCGUCUACCAUAACAACGUUGCUAAACGUCACCAUGGUAUUGAUUUCACUAAGAAGGCAUUUAUCUCAAUGCUAAUAUCCACUUUACAUCUAAUUGCACCAUCAGCAGUCAGAGUCACGACAGAUAAUAAUUCAAUCCCCAAGGGAACUUUCUACAAGGAUUUGAAAAAUGGCAGAAUUGCAUCUCAUUUGAAACGCAAAUCUGUCAUUGUAGCAAAUCAUCAAAUCUAUACGGAUUGGGUGUUCCUAUGGUGGCUAACCUCGACAGCCGACCUAGCUGGUAAAGUUUACAUCAUAUUGAAGAAAUCUUUGGAGUAUAUCCCCAUCUUGGGAUUUGGUAUGAGGAAUUAUAAGUUUAUCUUUAUGUGCAGGAAAUGGGAACAAGAUCGUUUGACCCUGCACAAUUCUCUGGGGGUUAUUGAUGCUAAUUCAAGAGGUGUUGGCCCCAUUUCUGGUAGAUCCCCAGUCAGAGAGGAUGCCGAUGGAGAGAUCUUUUGGGAUACAACAAGUACAAAUGCACGCCAAGAAAGUUGGCCUUACUGCUUGAUUCUUUUCCCCGAAGGUACUAACUUGAGUCCCAUAACCAGACAAAGAUCCUUUAACUAUGCAAAUAAGAUUGGUAAGACACCUUUUGAAAAUGUUUUAUUGCCACACGCCACUGGUGCAAGACAUUCCCUAUUGAAACUAAGACCAAGCUUGGAUGUAGUUUAUGACAUUACUAUUGGCUACUCUGGUGUUAAGAAGGGGGAAUAUGGUGAAGCUCUUUACACGUUGAAUAAUGUCGUUUUUAAGGGUGAAAGUCCAAAAUUGGUAGAUAUGCAUAUCAAGGCAUACCAUAUAAAUGAAAUUCCAAUUGAUGAUGAACAACAAUUUUCGGAUUGGCUUUACGACCUUUGGGCUGAAAAGGAUAGAUUGAUGAAUGUUUAUUAUGAAAAGGGCACAUUUGACUUGGACCCUGAUCCAGAUCAUACAAUUACUGGCGAAUUUAAAAUCUCUGCCUACCCAUUCUUUUCCUGUGUGGUCUUCAUCAAUUCCCUCGUAUGCUUACCAUUUUUAAUCUGGUACCUCUUGCGCUAA